AUUUAUCCUGUGUACGUAUGUGACAGUUUGUUUGUGUUUUUCUUAAUAAAUCUGGGUAUUUUUCUUGUAUCUUCAACUUUGUACGGCUACUUUGUGUUUGAAAAUGUGUGAUCCCAACGAUUUAAUAAUAAUCAAUGAACUGCAACGCGGUACUGGUGCCACAGAAUUACCAACAGAUCCCGAAGUCAUCAGGGAAACGAACGAACUUUAUCUCACACACUUGAUGUCCCAGAUCAGACGCGUCGGUCUCGAUGCCCCCCAAUUAGGAUCUACCAGAAUGGAAAACGCGAGCAGGAACACCAGGAAUAUGCGAGCAGUAGCGGACAUUUUCGAAAAUUCACCACAGAGGCAGUGGGUACGAGAACAAGCCCACAACGUUGAUUUGGAUAGUCUCAAUCCUCGUACAUUUCAGGAACUGUUAAUAGGAUUAUUUCAAGAAGGUGGUGUUACAUGGGAACGAGUUCUGGUUCUAUUCUAUUUCUGUACAGAUUUAUCGAUACGUGCCUUACAGGAGAGGAUAGCGGGAUGUUUUAUUAGGAUUUACUACUGGACUACUUGCUAUAUCAGUGGAAGAUUGGCUUAUUGGAUACAACAGCAGGGAGGAUGGGCUGCCAUUCUACCCUCCAGUAGAAUUUCCAAUUUAUCCAUUGUGGGAAUCUGUAUUGCGGGUGCCAUCGCAUUAUGUUUGGUUGUAAGGAAUAUACGUAAGUGAGUAAUAUUACUCACUUUCGAAAACCAUAUGGUUUUGUGAAUCAUGUUUUAUUAUAAGAUUGUUUUAAAUUGUUUAAGGUUUGUUUGAUUAUUGUGUAAUCGUUUGGUUAAAUAAUCUAAUGAUAUUUUCAUUGCAGUAUGUGUAAUAAAAUAUUUUUUUAAAUCUUAA